UGCCUUAUUCACCAAAAAAUUACAUAUUUUACUUGUUAUGGGUAGAUCUUAGAGGCUUGGAUUUAGAGCUUUCACAUUGCAUGGUUUUGUAUAAGUAGAUGGAGGGUCCUAGCUUUAGGGCCAGGGUUGCCUCUAAGCAUUGCUGAUGCUUAGGCAUAUCCCAUCUUUUGCAUUAUUUGGCUAUGCAGGGCGUACAGUUGAAGAAACACAUUGAUGCGACAUUUGGAAAUGGUAAUUUGAGAGAUGCUGUACGGUUGCCUCCUGGAGAGGAUCUCAAUGAAUGGUUGGCUGUUAAUACUGUUGAUUUCUUCAAUCAGGUGAACAUACUGUACGGCACACUGAUGGAGUUCUGCACGCCUUCCACAUGCCCAACGAUGACAGCUGGAUCGAAGUUUGAGUAUAGAUGGGCCGACGGAGUGCAGAUCAAGAAACCUAUCGAGGUUUCGGCACCAAAAUAUGUGGAGUAUUUGAUGGACUGGAUUGAGAUCCAACUUGAUGAUGAGUCCAUAUUCCCUAAAAAACUUGGAACACCUUUCCCACAAAAUUUUCGAGAUGUUGUGAAGACAAUAUUCAAGCGCCUUUUCCGUGUUUAUGCUCAUAUUUACCACACUCAUUUUCAGAAAAUUGUGAGCCUGAAGGAAGAAGCCCAUCUUAACACAUGCUUCAAGCAUUUUACAUUGUUCACCUGCGAGUUCAAAUUGAUCGACAAGGCUGAACUUGCACCACUUAUUGAUCUUAUUGAAUCAAUCGUGACUGUUUGCUAAGAUGUCAACAAGGAGAGUGGAACAUUUUCCCUAGUUUAUUUGGGCAUUUUCUAGGGUACAAUGAGUUGUGCAUGAGAGUGAGACUGAGGCAAAAAUUGCCAAAGAAAACAUAUUUUGCAUUUAUUGUUUUUGUCAUUUACAUGAGUUUGAGUAACAUUGCUGUACUUACAUAUGAACCCCUGGUCCAACCAGUUAGAGGACACAUUAUCUACUGUGUUUGUGGAACAAUAUUAUU